CUUCCGCUUUUCCCCACCCGCUGGGACUCACUCGUAACUCUGCGCGGGGCCAUGGCGGCGGCGUUUUGGAGACGGUGCUUCGCCCCGCUGCGGCUCUGCAGGAGGGCCUGGCGAGGCAGCAACCGCCACUACCGCGCCGCGCGGUGCACCGAGUUGAAGCAGCCCCUGGUCAUUGAGGAGAUGGUCCCCCGCCCUGUCCUGCCCCACGAGGUGAGGGUUGACGUCCAUUUCUGCGGACUGAACUUUGCUGAUAUUUUGCUUUGCCGGGGUCAGUAUCAGAAAAGGCCCUGUCUUCCCUUCACACCUGGAAUGGAGUUUGCUGGGAUAGUAUUGGAGACAGGCACGGAUGUCAGCACAGUUAAAGAGGGAGAUCCCGUCGUUGGCAUGGGUGGCUAUAAUAAUAUGGCGGAACAAUGUAUCAUGGACCAGAAGACGCUGUGGAAGGUUCCAGAAAAGGUCUCCCUCCGAGACGCUGCGAUGCUGCCCGUAACUUACAGUACUGCCCUCAUGGCCCUGAAGCAUCGGGCACGAACCCAGCCUGGAGAGACCGUGUUAGUGACGGCAGCGGCCGGAGCGACAGGCCUCGCAGUGAUAGAUGUGGCAACAAACAUCCUUCAGGCCAAGGUGAUUGCUGCCGCUGGAAGUGACGAGAAGUGCAAGCUGGCCAAGCAGAAGGGCGCACAGUGGAGCGUGAACUACAGUCAGGGCAGCCUGAAGGAGGCAGUGAGCAAGCUGGUGGGCAACGGUGGGGUGGACGUGGUCAUCGACAACGUGGGCGGAGACAUCUUCCUGGAGGCUCUCCGCAGCCUGGCCUGGGAGGGCAGGAUCGUGGUGGUCGGUUUUGCCGGAGGAACCAUUCCCUCCGUGCCGGCCAAUCUUCUGCUCCUGAAGAACAUCUCGGCCAUGGGCUUGUAUACAAGCCGGUACAAAGAGCAGGACUUCCCUACCUACUACGAGAGCCUGUCCUCGAUUCUUCAGUACUGCCAGGAAGGACGCAUCCAGCCCCAGUUGGGAGCGGUUUUCAAGCUGGAGGAGGUCAACGAUGCUUUCCAUUAUGUGAUGAAACGCAAGUCCACGGGCAAGGUGCUCAUCUCCCUCAAAUGAAGCCGCGAACUCAGCGUGUCCAGAUCCAGACUCAACACCUUCCCCAAAACCCGAUUUCCCUGCUGUGUUUCUGAAGGUGUCACCACCUUCCUUAUCAACUCAGGCUUGAAAUCUUU